AUGAGCAACAAGGAAUAUUUUGAAUUAUUACCGGCCGUUCUAAAAAAUUUCUUCAAGAAAUAUCCACCAACAAUCCAAUAUAGUGUCAAGCCAACUUCAACAAACUCUAUAACUGCCAACCCAUUUUUAUUUAAUAGGCAUCCUGUUACUAAUAAAGCUCAUGAUCCAAAAUAUAGUUUAAGAAGAAUGAGUGUUUUAUAUAAAUUGGCCAAAUUAUAUGGUGUUGAAUCUUUUUUACCACCCAUCACCAAUAAGAAAUUUUUUGAAGAAAAAUAUGAAGCAAAAAAAUUCAUGAGAGGUGUUAUAAAACCAAAGGGACACAAACAUGAAUUAAGUGCAGAAAGUCGUAUGAAAAAAAUGCAAGAUGCGAUUAAGAACGCAGAUAAGUUCAUUGUAGAAUCUAAAAGUGUUAGAUAUAGAAAAAAAUUGGAACAAAAAUCCAAAGAAAAGAGAGUUAGUUGGUUUUAA